AUGGCAUCCAAAACAGCUGCACAAGAGGAAUUUGAUACCAUCAUAGCUAAAGCAUCUUCCUCCGGCAAAGCAACACACCACCGCGACGACGGCGAAGACUACAAGAACGACAAGGCACACGAGAGCGGAGAGGAUCAAGACGAAGAGCAAGCCUACCUACAGAAGCAGAUCGACAACAAUAUGCGCAUGCCAUCUCUCGACCCCCGCGGCGGACCCAUGUUCCUGCCGCACCGAGACUUUGACAAUGGCCGGACCACAGGCGUCAAGGGCGUCAUUGCUGAUGCGCGGAGUUUCGAGGAGGCAAGACGGAGUAUGACGAAGGAUGGGUGGAGGACUAAGAUUACGAGAGCGAGCAGCGGGUCGAGGAUAGGCAGUGGGAAUGAUGAGAAUAAGCGGUUGAGCACGUUCUUGAUAGAUGAGGGAGAGGGGAGUGCGAGUGAGGAUGAGGAGUUCGUGGAGCGCUGGAGAGAGCAGAGACGUGAGGAGCUCAAGAGAGAGGGCAAUGACAUUCGAAAUCGGAGGACAAGCCCUAGUGUUCGCCGGUAUGGACGCUUUGAUGAGGUUGAUGCGUUGGGUUACUUGGAUGCCAUUGAGAAGGUUACGAGGGAAACGGUAGUGGUGGUCUUUGUCUAUGAUCCUGAGUGUGCAGUCUCACAAGUCAUCUCUGACGCUCUCUCCCCUCUUGUCCCCCAAAAUCCCUCCAUCCAUUUCGUCCGCGUACACUACGAGGACAUCGAGUUCGACAAUGCAGGCGUACCCGCUAUUCUGGCAUACAAGAACCAGGGAGACCUCUUCGCAAACCUCACGUACAUCAUCGAUCAGAUACCAGAUGAUACGUUGUUCGAUACCAGGGCGCUAGAGACUAUCCUCAGGAAGCACAAAGUGCUGUGA